CAUGGCGGCGCCCGUGGCCGCGCCGGCGGGGCCGCCCGCCCCUGCGGAGGGCGAGGAGGAGACGAUCCUCUACGACCUGCUGGUCAACACCGAGUGGCCUCCGGAGACGGAGGUGCAGCCCAGAGGCAGCCGAAAACAUGGGGCAUCCUUUAUCAUCACAAAAGCAGUUACAGAUUGCUUACUAUUUUUACGCCAAUACAUCUGGUAUAGCCCUGCACCUUUUUUGCUCCCUGAUGGACUGGUUCGCUUGGUUAAUAAACAGAUAAACUGGCAUUUGGUACUUGCAAGCAAUGGAAAACUUCUGGCUGCGGUUCAAGAUCAGUGUGUGGAGAUCAGAUCUGCAAAAGACGACUUUACAUCUAUUAUUGGAAAUGCCAAGGUUCCCAAAGACCCGAAACCCCAGUGGAGACGUGUAGCGUGGAGUUAUGAUUGCACCUUGCUAGCCUAUGCUGAAAGCAUGGGCACUGUGAGGGUGUUUGAUCUCAUGGGAAGUGAGCUCUUUGUUAUUAGCCCGGCAUCUGGUUUAGCAGGUGAUUUGAGCUAUGCCAUUGCUGGAUUAAUAUUUUUGGAGUAUAAAGCAAGUGCACAGUGGUCUGCAGAACUGUUGGUCAUCAAUUACCGAGGAGAACUUAGAAGUUACCUUGUAAGUGUUGGAACAAAUCAGAGCUAUCAAGAGAGCCACUGUUUCAGUUUCAGUAGUCACUACCCUCAUGGAAUCAACACCGCUCUUUACCAUCCUGGUCAUAGACUUUUACUGAUUGGUGGCUGUGAAACUGCUGAAGUGGGCAUAUCCAAAGCCUCUAGCUGUGGCCUUUCUGCCUGGAGAGUUCUUUCAGGAUCCCCUUAUUACAAGCAGGUCACCAACGGUGCAGACAGGGUCACGGCAGUACCAAAAACACUGGGAUUAUUAAGGAAGUUAAGUGUCAAGUUGUACACUCGCCAGGGACAAGAACAGGACGGCAUCUUUAAGAUGAGUCUUUCUCCAGAUGGGACCUCUCUUGCAACGAUUCACUUCUCAGGGAAACUGAGCAUCUGGGCCAUUCCAUCACUGAAGCAGCAAGGGGAAUGGAAUCAAAGUGAGCAGCCAGGCUUUGAUGACCUUAAUCCUGGUUGGAGACUCUCAACUGAGAAGAGGAAAAAAAUCAAAGAGAAAGCGUCCCUUUACCCUCUGAUAGAUGUGAACUGGUGGGCAGACAGUGCCGUGACUUUGGCUCGCUGCUCUGGGGCUUUGACAGUCUCCUCGGUGAAAACCUUGAAGAAUUUACUGGGAAAAUCCUGCGAAUGGUUUGAACCAUCCCCUCAAGUCACUGCUACCCAUGAUGGGGGGUUUUUAAGUUUGGAGUGUGAGAUUAAACUUGCCCCCAAACGAUCUCGUUUGGAGGCGAGGGGUGGAGAAGACGAUGAAGGUGAAGAGGAUUCUGAUUCCGACCAGGAAACCUCUGUCAAGGCUCGCUACUUCGGCUAUGUGAAGCAGGGCCUGUACCUGGUGACAGAGAUGGAGCGGUUCGCACCGCCGCGGAAGCGCCCACGCACCAUCACCAAGAACUACCGCCUCGUGAGUUUGCGCUCAACCACCCCAGAGGAGCUGUAUCAGAGGAAGAUUGACAGUGAAGAGUAUGAGGAAGCCUUGUCUCUGGCUCAGACCUACGGCCUGGACACUGACCUGGUGUAUCAGAGGCAGUGGAGGAAGUCUGCAGUCAACAUCGCUUCAAUUCAGAAUUACCUGAGUAAAAUAAAGAAACGAUCGUGGGUUCUUCAUGAGUGUUUGGAAAGAGUUCCUGAAAAUGUGGAUGCCGCAAAAGAGCUACUUCAGUAUGGAUUAAAAGGCACAGACCUGGAGGCUCUUUUAGCAAUAGGAAAAGGAACAGAUGAUGGCAGAUUUGCGUUACCUGGUGAAAUAGACGUUGAUGGCAUCGCCUACGAGGACCUUUCUCCAGCUGAUGAGGGACCUGCCAAGAAAAAAACAGAGGAGCACAAGAAGAGGCGAGAACUGCUGAAAUUAGUGAACUUUUCAAAGUUGACACUGGAACAAAAGGAGCUUUGCCGUUGUAGACUGAAAUUACUAACUUACUUAGAUCGGCUCGCAACGUAUGAGGAAAUCCUAGGAGUGCCUCAUUCAUCUCAACAGAGAUAUGACGCUGAAUACUUUAAGAAGUUCAGAAAUCAGAAUAUUGUUCUCUCAGCAAGAACUUAUGCUCGGGAAAGCAAUGUCCAGGCCCUAGAAAUUCUGUUCACUUACCAUGGAGCUGACCUGCUUCCUCAUCGCCUUGCGAUUCUCUCCAACUUCCCAGAGACCACUUCCCCACAUGAGUAUUCUGCUCUGCUGCCUGAAGCUGGUCGUAAUGGUGACUCCUUGGUGAUCAUCCCUUGGCAUGAACAGAAACACCGAAAUAAAGACUGGUGUGAGGAGCUGGAAUGCAGAACAGUGGUUGAGCCAACUCUCCCAGAUGAAAGUGAAUUCUUGUACGCUGCCCAGCCAGAGUUACUGCAAUACAGGACUACCCAGCUUGCAGUGGAGAAGGUGAUGGACUGGUACCAGACCCGGGCAGAGGAAAUAGAGCACUACUCCCGGCAGGUUGGCUGUGCCUUGUCCCUUGUUCGACUUGGAAUGGAGAGGAAUAUCCCUGGCUUGCUGGCUCUGUGUGAUGACCUGGUUACUCUGGAGGCAAUGGUUUAUGAAGCUGGCUGCGAUUUAACCCUGACCUUGAAAGAACUCCAGCAGAUGAAAGACAUUGACAAACUAAGAUUAUUGAUGAAUAGUUGUUCUGAGGACAAGUAUGUGACCAGUGCCUACCAGUGGAUGGUUCCCUUUCUUCAUCGUUGCGAGAAACAGUCUCCAGGUGUGGCGAAUGAGCUAUUAAAAGAGUAUUUAGUGACUCUAGCUAAGGGUGACUUAAAGCUCCCUCUGAAGAUAUUUCAACAUUCCAAACCAGACCUGCAGCAAAAGAUUAUUCCUGAUCAGGACCAACUGAUGGCAGUAGCACUGGAGUGCAUCUAUGACUGUGAGCGAAACGACCAACUCUCUCUUUGCUAUGACAUUUUAGAGUGUCUGCCACAAAGAGGAUAUGGUCACAAGACAGAGGUCACCACAGCUCUUCAUGAUAAGGUGGACCAGCUGGAGCAGAUUCUCAGUGUGUCAGAGAUUUUGGAGAAACAUGGACUCGAGAAACCCAUUUCCUUUGUUAAAAAUACUCAAUCUAGCUCCGAGGAGGCGCGCAAGCUGAUGGUUAGAUUGACGAGGCACACCGGGCGGAAGCAGCCCCCUGUCAGUGAGGCCCACUGGAGAAUGCUGCUGCAGGACAUGCUGACUAUGCGGCAGAACGUUUACAUGUGUCUGGACUCCGACGCUUGCUAUGAGGUAUUCACAGAAAGCCUUCUUUGUUCCGGUCGCCUUGAAAAUAUCCACUUGGCUGGGCAGAUGAUGUAUUGCAGCGCCUGUGCCACAAAUCCCCCAGCUUGUGUGGCCCAUAAAGGGAAAACCCAGUACAGGGUUGGUUACGAGAAGAGCGUUGACUUGGUGUUGGCUGCCAGCAGAGAGUACUUCAACUCCUCUACCAGCCUCACAGACAGCUGCAUGGACCUGGCCAGAUGUUGCUUACAGCUGAUGUCAGAUGGACCAGCUGCCAUUCAGGAGGAGCUGAACCUUAUCCAAGCCCUUGGAUGUCUGGAAGAAUUUGGGGUAAAGAUCUUACCUUUGCAAGUGCGAUUGCGCUCUGACCGGAUCAGCCUCAUCAAGGAGUGUAUUUGCCAAUUCCCCACAUGCUACAAACAGUCCACCAAGCUUCUGGGCCUUGCUGAGUUGCUUCAGGUGGCAGGUGAAGAUGCAGAAGAAAGGCGUGGACAGGUCCUCAUCCUUCUGGCUGAGCAAGCACUUCGCUUCCAUGACUACAAAGCGGCCAACGUCCAUUGUCAGGAGCUGAUGGCCACAGGUUAUUCUAAAAGCUGGGAUGUUUGUAGCCGUUUAGGACAAUCAGAAGGCUACCGGGACUUGGCCACGCGCCAGGAGCUCAUGGCCUUUGCUUUGACACAUUGCCCCCCGGACAGCAUUGAGCUGCUCUUGGCGGCCAGCAGCUCUCUGCAGACGGAAAUUCUUUACCAAAGAGUAAAUUUCCAGAUCCAUCCAGAAGGAGGGGAAAGUGUCAGUGUUUCACCACUAAUUAGUAAAGCAUUGUCAGAGGAUGAAGUGGGUGUUCCCGGCAGCCACUCAUCCGACCUCUUCCACUGGACCGCAGCCACCACCAUGGAAGUCCUUUCCCGAACCACGACGACCACUAAGGCCGCGCUGCAGGCCGUCAGCGACGGACACUGGUGGAAGCGGUCUUUGAGCUACCUGCGGCCCCUCCAGGGGCAGGGAUUGGAUGGUGCUUAUCAAGUUGGGACCAUAGCCAAUGAAGAUCUAGAAAGACAAAGCUGUCAUCCCUUUUAUGAAUCUGUGAUCUCCAAUCCCUUUGUCACAGAGUCUCAAGUAACCUAUGACCCCUCUGAACACAUCCCACUGGAAAGCUUUGCAGAGGUCUUGCUGAGAACUGGAAAACUGGCGGAGACUAAGACUGAAGGAGAAGAAGUGUUUCCAACAACAGAAGUCCUUUUGCAGCUAGCAAGCGAUGCUCUCCCCCAUGACAUGACCUUGGCCCUUGCAUAUCUCCUUGCUUUACCACAGGUUUUAGAUGCUAACAGGUGCUUUGAGAAGCAGGCCCACUCUGCUUUGUCUCUCCAGCUGGCUGCCUAUUACUACAGCCUACAGAUCUAUGCCCGGCUGGCUCCGUGUUUCAGCGACAAGUGCCAUCCUCUGUACAGGGCUGACCCUAAAGAGCUAAUCAAGAUGGUCACCAGGCACAUGACACGCCACGGACACGAAGCCUGGCCCGAGGACCUCAUGUCACUGAGCAAGCAGUUGCACCACUACAACGAGCGCCUUCUGGAUUAUACGCAGGCUCAGGUCCUGCAGGGCCUUCGAAAGGGUGUGGACGUGCAGCGGUUCACUGCAGAUGACCAGUAUAAACGGGAGACGAUCCUGGGCCUGGCCGAAACGCUGGAGGAGAGCGUCUGCAGCAUCGCCCUUUCCCUGGCCCAGCGCUACGGGGUCUCCCGCCGCGAGGUGUUUAUGGCCCACCUGGAGUUCCUGUUCACUGACAGCGGUUUGUCCACAAUAGAAAUUGAAAAUCGAGCCCAGGCCCUUCAUCUCUUCGAGACUUUGAAGACUGACCCCGAAGCCUUUCACAAGCACAUGGUCAAGUACAUUUACCCCACUAUUAGCGGCUUUGAUCAUGAAAGGCUGCUCUACUAUUUCACUCUUCUGGAAAGCUGUGGCUGUGCAGAUUUUGGGAAGGAUGCCAUUAAACCAGAAACCCACAUCCGGUUACUGAAGAAAUUUAAGGUCGUUGCAUCAGGUCUUAAUUAUAAAAAACUGACAGAUGAAAACACAAAUCCUCUGGAAGCAUUGGAGCCAAUUCUUUCAAGUCAAAAUAUCUUAUCUAUUUCCAAACUUGUUCCCAAAAUCCCUGACAAGGAUGGGCAGAUGCUUUCCCCAAGCUCUCUGUAUACCGUCUGGUUGCAGAAGUUGUUCUGGACCGGAGACCCUCACCUCAUUAAGCAAGUCCCGGAGUCCUCGCCGGAGUGGCUUCACGCCUAUGACGUCUGCACGAAGUACUUUGAUCGCCUCCACCCAGGUGACCUCAUCACUGUGGUGGAUGCAAUUACGUUUUCCCCAAAAGCUGUGACCAAGCUAUCAGUGGAAGCACGUCUAGAGAUGACUGGGAAGGCUAUUAAGAUGGUCAAACAUUUUAUUGAGAAGCCAAAGAAAAGAAACUCAGAAGACUCUGAAGAAGCUAGUGAUUCUAAAGUCACCUAUGCAGAUACCUUGACCCACCUGGAGAAAUCACUUGCUCACCUGGAAACACUCAACCAUAGCUUCAUCGUCUCCCUGAGGAACAGUGAGCAGGAAAUGCUGCAGAAAUACAGUAACCUCUAUGAUCUGUCCCGAUCAGAGAAAGGGAAGGUUCACGAGCAAGCUGUGGCCAUGUGCUUGGACGGUCAGCCUCUGCGAAUGAUCCAGCAGCUGCUCGAAGUGGCCGUGGGCUCCCUUGACAUCUCACCCAAGGACAUAGUGCAGAGUGCAGUCAUGAAAAUCAUUUCUGCGUUGAGCGGGCACCCUGCUGACCUCGCUGGGCCUCGGGACCCACUCCAGGUCCUGGAAGGUGUUGUUGCAGCCGCCCGUGCCAGUGUGGACAAAGGGGAAGAGCUGGUUUCGUCCGAGGACCUGCUAGAGUGGCUGCGGCCGUUCUGUGCUGACGAGGCCUGGCCCGUGAGGCCCCGCAUUCACGUACUGCAGAUUCUGGAACAGUCCUUCCACCUCAGUGAGGAGGAUAGCCAGCUGCUGGUAUUCUUUAGAACAGAAGCCAUCGUCAAAGCCACCUGGCCCCAAAGACAGGUCUCUGUCUCUGACACUGAGGAUGAGGAGCACAGACACGCGCUCUUCCUGGAGCUCCUGGAGUGCAGUCACCAGGAGGCUGAGUUUCAGCACUUGCUUUUACUCUUGCAAGCCUGGCCACCCCUGAAACAUGAAUAUACCAUAACCACUAAUCCGUGGGCGAGACUGGCUACAGCGAUGCUCACCAGGUGCACCGUGGAGAACAAGGACGGAAUGGGGAAUGAAGUGUUGAAACUCUGUCGCUCUUUAUAUAACACCAAGCAGAUGCUGCCUGCAGAGUGUGUGCGGGACCUGUGCUCGCUGCUGCUGGACCAGUCCCUUCUGCUGCCAGCGCUGAAGCUUCUCCUGGAGAGCCACGACGAGCACCUCCACGCGGUGGCACUGGAGCAGAUCUCGGCUAUUGCCAAGGUGAACGAUUCCAACUGUGACCCCGAACUUCUCUCCCUGCUCCUGGACGCCCAGCUCGGGGUGAAGUGUGUCUCCACCCCCUUCUUCCCGCGCCUCCUGGAGCACCUCCUGGCCAGCCCGCAGCCGGGGCGCUGGGACGCCGAGGAGCUGGCUCGGCAGCUGCGGGACGCUGGCCACGUGGCCGAAGCCGGGUCUCUGCUGCUGGCCGCCAGGGGGACGCAUCGGGCCCUGAGAACUUUCAGCGCUGCCCUCGGCGCCGGACAGCACUGGCUGUGAGGCCCGCUGCGAAGAGCGUCCGCCACGGCUGCUGCUCCUGAGGCCCAUGCGUGCCCGUUGAUGUUCUCAGCGGUUCCCACAAAUUGCAAAUAAAGAUGUAGAUAAAUGAUGAGCAAGGGACCGUUUUCUACUUUGC